UCACUUCCAGGAACACGUCUCGCAUACAUUCGGAGGUGCCGCUCGCGUUCGGUGACACUCAUUCACUUGUCGCCUCUUCGAUGGCUCGGUCGUCAGAUGUCGGACCGACGAUGUCGAAAUCGAGGGUCUUUUUGUGCAACAAGCGCUUACGCUUUAUAACAUCAUUCUUCUUAUACCAGUUUAUUUUUUCAUUACGUAACGUCGAAACGCAACCGGUUUCAAUACACGCAAGCAGAGGUAUUUUUCCUCACUAUGCGCGAGCCUGCUGCAAUAAUUCGAUGCAACCGCCGCUGGUGCGGAGUUAGACCGCGAACUGCAGUCGCGCGCGGUUCAAUCGCUGAAUGUGUACUCCCUAGUGCAAAUAAAAUACUUUGAGUACAAGUUCUUUAAACAAUUCAACGAUCUAAUUGUGAUUCAAAAGAAGGUGCAGAAAAUCAGAUAAUUGUAAAAAAUAUUUGUAAAAGUUUACAUAAAUCGAGCGUUAUCAAAUUCAUCAAUAUCACUUUCGUGAAAAAUAAAAGCAAAUUAGAUUCUAUGCGUGAUUAAUCAAUCCUGGCGAAGAAAUCGAUUUCAAGCACGAUCUUAGACAACGUUCCUUCAGGAUGAAGUUCGGUCACACGAUUGACGAAUCGCGAAAAAUGUAUCCGGAGAUCACGGACGAGCUUUUGGAGAAUCUGCAAAAAUGGGCGAAAGAUCGAGGCCUUCCCAAAAUUCCCGAGGAGCAAUUGGCGUUAUUCGCGCACAGUUGUUACUUCGACAUGGAAGCGACGAAACGAUGCAUGGACAUUUAUUACAAAAUGCGAGUCACGGUCCCGGAAUUCUUUAGUGAUAGAGAUAUCAGCCUCGACUAUCUGCAACACUCUUUAAAAACCUUGGAAUUUGUGACGCUUCCCAAACCCGAUCGAGACGGUAAUCGGAUAAUUUUUCAUCGGCUGGCGGAUUCACGGCCGUCCCAGUACGUAUUCAACGACGGCAUCAAGCUGCUGCUGAUGUCUAUCGACGGGAGCCUUUACACGAACGGCUGCUCGCCCGGGUACAUAUUUCUCUUCGACAUGAACGGCGUGAGACUCGGUCACUUGCCCAAACUGUCGAUAAACAGCAUCCGCAGGUUCUUCGAGUACCUGCAGGAAGCCAUGCCGGUGAGACUCAAAGCCAUGCACGUGCUGAACGCAGUCUGGUUCAUGGAUAAGGUGCUCGCGCUUAUUAAACCGUUCAUGAAGCGAGAGUUUUACGAAAUGCUUCACCUUUACACGGGUGACGUCUCCGACGUGUAUCCUCAUAUACCGCCCGAAUGUCUACCGAAGGACUUUGGUGGGGAAUUGGACUAUGUCGCAAACCUUCACAAAGCGCACAGCAUGAAGCUGGAUCAGUUGCGAAGUUAUUUUCGGGAGGAGGAAGCUCUGUUUCGCUGUUAUUCGCCAGACAAUAAAAAGAUGACGAGUCAAAAAAUCGUGUCGGAUGAGAUCGAGAAUUCAAAAAACCAUUACGAUGAAAUCUUAAACGCGUAAAUAAGUAUUGUCGGUUAGUUUAUGGGCAAUGUGCAGGUGUAAUAAAUAGCGUAAGCUACUUACCGAUAUAAUGUACAGUUAAAGACAAAAAUAAAAUUGCAUAGCGUCAUUAUCGUGACGCUUUCUAAUUCUCAUGCA